AUGGCAGCCACACUAUUUGAUAUGGCACAACGUGCUUGUAUCAGAAAUGUCAUGGACAUGUACGACGUUGGCGAGCUACGAUACGAGACAAUCAGACCCGUCCUUAAAACCGUCACCAACCCAGCACAACUCGUAAGCACUCACCAAGAACUGAGGCUAUCUUAUGAUACUGACACAUUACCANNGCGACAAAUCGAAGAAGCCUCACCUCACAUCGCCGAGGACGACGCCGAACUCUGGCAAGCCUUUAUUAGAAGAGACAUAUCGAAAGCCGAAUCCAAGCUGCAAACCACACGACCAAAGAAUCCUUCUUCGUGGUGGAAGGUAUAUCGCAAACUGAAGAGAGAGGACGAAGCCGAGACUCAGGAAGCAGAAGACAGACUCAAGGCUGCUCUCAACAGACAUAAAGUUGACAAGGGAGCCAAGCAGACGCAUAUCGUACAUGCCGUUAUUCCUUCAGGCGAAAAACGUUCGGGUUGGAGCUCGGGACCUCGCGACAAACCUUUUGGUGACCGGGCGUUACAAAAUGCAAAGACGACAGCUCAAAAGAUCACUGUCCUCAAGCGUCAAACUGCACAGAGACAAGCAGGUCGCAGUGUCGCUCAGUCUGUUCCCAUGCAUCAACUGUCUCAACUCAGGGGCAAGGUCGCUGAAGCACCUGCACACAUGAUCCGCAACUACGUCCAAAAGCCAGGACCGUCGAGGCCACUUCCUGCUGUGCCUCAAGGUCAAGCAUAUAGACCGGUCUUUGCUCGCCAGCCACAGACUUAUGCUGAUCGUGCUCUCACGACUGCCAUCAACCAGACCAAACAAGAGCAAGAGGCCAAGGAGAGAAGACUUUUAGCUCUCACCAGUAGCUCGUCUGCGAAUAAACCUAGGCCAACUGCACCAACACCAGCGAGUAGGUCGUCAACAGCAGCAGCACCGCCACGGAGGGCAUCACCAGUUCCAGCGCAGAGACCACUGCCGGGGCAAACUUCUUCGACAUCUACAUUAGCGAGGAAAAGACCUGCAUAUGAUCCGUUCUUGCCUGCUAAGAAGAGACGAACUUGA